AACAUGAUAACUAAUGGACAGGUCCCAUGUGAAAUGUACUGUCAAAAAUUUUUAUAUCUUAUUUCGUGGGCAAAUCUAGUCGAGCACUUUUGGUGACAGGUACGGGCGCCGUGCACAACGCUUUAAUUGUCGUUCCUCAAUUCUAUCACUAGAGAGCGAUCUGACACUUAUUUUUCAAAGGGAAAACAUCUUAAUAGCGUUGAAAUCACUCGCAGUCUCUUGCCCAGCAGACCGCUUGCUUCUUCAGCGGGUAUUUGACUGUGUGCAUUCCCUUAUCACGCGCAAGCAGGUCUGCGGAUCGCGUCCCUUCCUCCCUCUGCGCGCAGGAUGGACCCGAAGAUAACCGAAUCGGACCCUCCACCAUAUCGCAACGGAAUCACCCAGGUUCUGCAGUACGGGGAAUUCACAGCCACCGGCAACCGAAAGGUGAGGUACGCGGUGAGUUUAACCGAGAGAGAUCUCACCAUUCAGAAGAUCACGUCAACACCUGCGGGACGGAGCAAGGUGGUUUUCAACUUGAGGGACUGUGUCGGCUGCCGGGCUUUCAGCGCAGAUGACAACGCGGACGCGUACUUCUCUGUCUAUUUCUACCCCUUUAAAAGACGAUGGAUGAGCUCUGGAGUGUCCAGGCAGCGGGUCGAGCAGUGCUUUCGGGUAUCCCAGUUCCAGGACCCACGCGCCAACCUGGAGGAGGCAGAGAAAUGGGCUGGCACCAUCCGGGAGAGCUCUGUUCGUCAACAACAUUUGAGAAAUCGCGUGCUUUACAGUGAGGUGCACCGUCCCUGUAGCGUCAUGCUACUGGUGAACCCCCACAGUGGGAAGGGCCAGGCCCUCAGCCUCUUCACCGGACACGUCCAACACAUGCUUAACGAGGCCGGUGUCCCACACACUCUGGUCAUCACUGAGCGGCAGAACCAUGCCAGGGAGUUGGUGAGAGAGGCUGACCUGUCACAGUGGGGUGCUCUAGUCAUCAUGUCCGGGGACGGACUGCUGUUUGAGGUUGUGAAUGGCCUGAUGGAGAGAGAGGACUGGGAGGAGGCCAUCCAGACCCCACUGGGAAUUCUACCUGGGGGCUCUGGUAACGCCCUGGCUGCCUCUAUACACCACUACUCUGGGGCCCAGCCGGUGUCAAGCGAGGAGCUGCUGGUCAGCUGUGGCUUCCUGCUGUGUAAGGGCCUGGUGUCUCGCAUGGACCUGGCCUCCGUCCACCUGGGCUCCAGCCCCUCCAACCCCACCCGCCUCUUCUCCUUCCUCUCGCUGGCCUGGGGCUUUGUGGCUGACGUGGACGUGGAGAGCGAGAAGUACCGCCACGUGGGCGCCGCCCGCUUCACCAUGGGGACGUUGGUCAGGUUGGCAUCUUUGAGGGUGUAUAAGGGCCGCCUGGCAUACCUGCCGGUUGACGAGGUGGAUGGAGAGGAGGAGGAUAGGCAAUCGUCAGUCUCGUUGGAGGAGAUGACGAGCGUGUCACCUCAAUGCCAACCGCCAUCGUCUGCAUUCUGCUCCUCUACCCUCCUCUGCCGGCCUUCGAAGGACUCGCCGUGCCAGAACGCAGCUCACAACUCCCGUAACUCAAACAACGCCUUCAAGGCGAAGAAUUGGGAACCCAUGUCUGCUAAUGCCACCCUAACAGGCCCGCCAGACUCUCUCCUGGUGCCCCUGGACCAGCCGGUGCCCAGCGACUGGGUGGUGGUGCCCGAGGAGGACUUUGUCCUCAUGCUGGCCAUGUACCAGUCUCACCUGGCAAAGGACCUGUAUGCCGCACCCGACUCUACACUUGAUGACGGCCUCAUCCACCUGAUAUAUGUCAGAGCAGGCAUAUCACGCACGGCCCUGCUCCGUCUCUUCCUGGCCAUGGAGAAGGGCACCCACCUGGCCAACAACUGCCCCCACCUGGUGUACACCCGGGUGCGGGCGCUGCGGCUGGAGCCUUACUCGCCAAAAGGGGUGAUCACAGUGGAUGGGGAGGUGGUGGAGUAUGGGCCGGUCCAGGCCCAGGUACACGGCGGGAUAGCCAGGCUCAUCACUAGAUGAUUAACAAGAUCCACUGGAUAGAUGGCUAGCGUUAGCAUGUUAUGCUAAUGGUAUGCUACACUAAAAGCUAACAUUAGUUAGCAUUUUCUGGAUGAUGCUAUGCUAACAAUUAGCGUUAGCAUUUUCUGCUCACAUCUUAAAGGGAGGUGGGAUUAAUGUACUUUUUAGUCUUCUCUCUGAAUUUAUUCUUUGAAUUGAAGGUUUGGAUUGGAUGUGCCAUGAAGGAGGAGCAAGGCUAGAACACAAAAAGUUCAAUGGGUGGGUACGUUUCAUUUCUACAGAGCCCCUUGUUCUCAAUCUCCCAUUCAUUAGCAUUUAGGCUGUUCUAAAUGGCUUCCCACUAGCACAAAGCAACUGGCCUUUAAUUGGCUGUUCCAAGCUAUGACAUGAAUACAUUACUAGAACCAAGGUGAGAGAUCGAUCAAGAGCUCUGCUGUCUUAUACUUAUGGAGUAACUCAUGAAGUAUGAAUAUUUUCGCCCCACCACACAUACAUUCUCCGUACCAGGGGUACAUAUGAUGUAGGGCUUGAUGUAGUGUCAGUCACCCACCCUGUCCCUCACAGACCCCGGGCAUGCUUUGUCUAAUGGGAGGGCAUCUCAACUUUAAUUUUCCUUCUUAUGCAACGAAUGGGGUUUGGACAGAUGCCUUCACUGCUCUCAUCCGCUGUGACGUGGACAUAUGGAAGAUACAUACAAUCUCCAGCCAGCAUUGACAUUAUUAGAAACCAAUUCAUUUGAACUCAAGUAAUUAGGGGACAGUUGCGCUGAUGCCGAAAUCCUCCCUCAACCAUCGAUGCUCAAUUUACCAUAGGGUUGUUUUUGAUUACUGACCCUCAAGAUUCAAGGUAGUUUAUCCUAAGGCCUAGGACCCUGACUCUGGACUACUUGAUGACCGGUUUUGGAUUUGAA